ACGAGGCUUCAGACGUGGGACCUGGAAUAAGUGGGUGGAUAACGCGGACACUUUUCUCAGUCUAAUUUAUCGAUUGAGCGCUACAUUGUUUUACCUUUUGAGUGUGCCUUUUCCCCAUAGUGAGGUGUGGCUCUUUUAUUUUUAUUGAGGGAUUUUCUAAAGGAGUACACUUUGACUAGUCAGGUCAAGAUGGCCCAGUGGAACCAGUUGCAGCAGCUGGAGACCAGGUAUCUGGAGCAGCUCUAUCACCUGUACAGCGACAGCUUCCCAAUGGAGCUUCGGCAGUUCCUCGCCCCUUGGAUCGAAAGCCAGGACUGGGCUUAUGCUGCCAACCAGGAGUCGCACGCUACUUUGGUGUUCCACAACCUCCUCGGCGAGAUAGACCAGCAGUACAGCCGCUUCCUGCAGGAGGGCAACGUCCUCUACCAGCACAACCUACGACGGAUCAAGCAGCACCAGCAGAGCAAGUACUUGGAGAAGCCCAUGGAGAUCGCCCGCAUCGUCGCCCGCUGCCUGUGGGAGGAGCAACGGCUGCUGCAGACCGCCGCUGCCGCCGCCGCACAGGACGGACAGGCCGCCCACCCUACAGGGACUGUGGUGACCGAGAAGCAGCAGAUUCUGGAGCACAAUCUUCAAGACAUCAGGAAACGAGUGCAGGACAUGGAACAGAAGAUGAAGAUGCUCGAGAACCUGCAGGACGACUUUGAUUUCAACUACAAGACGCUGAAAAGCCAAGGAGAGUUGUCCCAAGACCUGAACGGCAAUAGCCAGGCAGCGGCCACCAGGCAGAGGAUGGCUCAGCUGGAGCAGAUGCUGAGCACCCUGGACCAGCUCAGGAGGCAAAUUGUGACAGAGAUUGGAGGCUUACUCACCGCCAUGGAUUAUGUCCAGAAGAACCUAACAGAUGAAGAACUGGCCGACUGGAAGCGACGGCAGCAAAUCGCCUCCAUCGGGGGUCCGCCUAACAUCUGCCUGGACCGCCUAGAAACAUGGAUAACGUCCUUGGCCGAGUCCCAACUCCAGAUUCGUCAGCAGAUCAAGAAGCUGGAGGAGCUCCAGCAGAAGGUGUCUUACAAAGGGGACCCCAUCAUCCAGCACCGGCCCGCCCUGGAGGAGAAGAUAGUGGACUUGUUCCGAAACCUCAUGAAGAGUGCGUUUGUAGUGGAAAGACAGCCGUGUAUGCCCAUGCACCCGGACAGACCGCUGGUCAUCAAAACGGGUGUGCAGUUCACCAAUAAAGUCCGGCUACUGGUGAAAUUCCCUGAACUCAAUUACCAGCUGAAAAUCAAAGUUUGCAUUGACAAAGAGUCCGGAGAUGUUGCUGCAAUCCGAGGGUCACGGAAGUUCAACAUCCUCGGCACCAACACCAAAGUCAUGAACAUGGAAGAGUCCAACAACGGCAGCCUGUCAGCGGAGUUUAAGCACUUGACCCUCAGAGAGCAGCGGUGCGGCAACGGCGGACGCACCAGCAGUGACGCCUCCCUUAUUGUCACAGAAGAGCUCCAUCUCAUCACAUUUGAGACCGAAGUCUAUCACCAGGGCCUGAAGAUCGACCUGGAGACUCAUUCACUGCCGGUGGUGGUCAUUUCCAACAUCUGCCAGAUGCCCAACGCCUGGGCGUCCAUCCUGUGGUACAACAUGCUCACCGACCAGCCUAAGAAUGUGAACUUCUUCACGAAGCCUCCAGUAGGGACGUGGGACCAGGUAGCCGAAGUGCUCAGCUGGCAGUUCUCGUCCACCACCAAGAGAGGACUGACCAUCGAGCAGCUCACCACGCUGGCUGAGAAACUGUUAGGACCGUCGGUCAACUAUUCCGGCUGUCAGUUCACCUGGGCCAAGUUCUGCAAGGAGAACAUGGCUGGCAAAGGCUUUUCAUUCUGGGUGUGGCUAGACAACAUCAUCGACCUGGUCAAGAAGUACAUCCUGGCGCUGUGGAACGAGGGGUACAUCAUGGGCUUCAUCAGCAAAGAGAGAGAGAGGACCAUCCUCAGCCCGAAACCUCCCGGCACCUUCCUGCUGCGCUUCAGCGAGAGCAGCAAGGAGGGCGGCAUCACGUUCACGUGGGUGGAGAAGGACAUCAACGGGAAGACUCAGAUCCAGUCGGUGGAGCCCUACACCAAGCAGCAGCUCAACAACAUGUCGUUCGCCGACAUCAUCAUGGGCUACAAAAUCAUGGACGCCACCAAUAUCCUGGUUUCGCCCCUGGUAUACCUCUACCCAGAAAUCCCCAAGGAGGACGCCUUUGGGAAGUACUGCAGGCCGGAGACGGCUCCUGAACCCGAGAUGCCAGGCGACUCUACAAACACUACUCAGCCAUACUUGAAGACAAAGUUCAUCUGCGUCACCCCGUGUCCCUCCGUGUUCAUGGACUUUCCGGACAGUGAGCUGCUUGGGAACGGAUUCCCAGGCACAAACUCCGGGAACACCAGCGACCUUUUCUCGCUCUCGCUCUCCCCGCGCACUCUGGAGUCGCUCAUGCCCAACGAAGCCGAGGCUAAUC